AUGCGUCACACGUCGGUAUCGGCUACUCGUUCUGUUAUUCUACUGCAACUUUUGUUGCCCUCAAUAUUUACCAUUCGAUGUCAUUUCUAUCAUGAGAUAUGGCAGGAUGGACGGAAACUUGAGAUCGUACCCGAUAUUUGUUUCAGUAACAAAUACUGUAUCUCAGUAACGUAUCGUGAUCCGAAUCCCGUGAAGAAAAACGGCUAUUCUGUUGGAUGUGAUCAUGUAGAUUGUGCUGGGUCCGAUAAUCCCAACUCUAAAUCAUGGUAUUCUACUUCUGAUGGCACGAAAUGUCGUAAACAUCGUGAUUUUGGACGACAUGGUGAGGUCUGUUGUUGUAAAACGGAUUUGUGCAAUUCGAGCCCAGAUUUCGUGGUCCGGCCUUUGCUCGGCCUGCUGAUAGUUCUCGUUUUGUCUUUCUUGUGA